UAAUUUAGUUGCUUACAUUGGAAUAAGACAUUAAUAAUAUAUUUUCUUUUUGGAUAUCUUUUCUUGGUCAUCCGCAACACCUUCAAUUCAUGUAAGAGGAGAUUUGAUUUCUACUUGAGCUUAUAUAUUUGGUUUUGGGGAAAGCUCAUCAAGCAAACAAGGAACAAUGAUGAAGCAAAGGUUGGAGGGUAAGGUGGCGCUAAUAACCGGAGCAGCGAGUGGAAUUGGUGAAGAGACAGUGAAAUUGUUCGUUGAAAAUGGAGCAAUUGUUGUUGCAGUAGAUGUUCAAGAUGAACUUGGUUCUCAAGUUGCAUCUUCAAUAGGCUUAGAUAAAGUAACAUAUCAUCAUUGUGAUGUAAGAGAUGAAAAACAGGUUGAAGAAACGGUUAAUUUGGCUUUGAAAAAACACGGUCGCAUCGAUAUAUUGUUCAGCAAUGCAGGAAUAAUAGGGUCUUUAUCUAGCAUACUUGAACUUGAUCUAAAUGAUUUUGAGAAAACCAUGGCUACAAAUGUUGUUGGUGCAGCCGCAACAAUUAAGCACGCCGCACGUGCCAUGGUUGCGAAAAACAUCCGUGGAUCGAUCAUAUGCACUACUAGUGUUUCAGCUAUAAUUGGUGGAACAGGUCCUAAUGGUUAUACUACAUCAAAACAUGCUCUUUUAGGACUUGUCAAAUCAGCAUGUAGUGAACUUGGUGGUUAUGGAAUUAGAGUUAAUAGUAUUUCACCUUUUGGAGUUGCUACACCACUUUCAUGUACAGCUUUCAAUCUUGAACCACAUGAAGUUGAAGAUACUAGUUCUUCUUAUGCUAAUUUGAAAGGUAUUGUUUUGAAGGCUAAGCAUAUUGCAGAAGCUGCUUUGUUUCUUGCUUCUGAUCAAUCUGUUUAUAUCAGUGGUCAUAAUUUGGUUGUUGAUGGUGGAUUCUCUGUGGUUCAUAAUACUUCCACUACCAAACCAAAUAUAUAGACAAUAUGUUUUAUUUUUCUCUCAAAUUAAAUAUAAGCAAAUAAAUAUGUGUAUCUGGUCUAAAUACACAUAUAGAUUAAUACAAAAACUUAUUUGCUUAUAUUUAUGGCCAGAUGAUUAGUAUGUAUCAAAACUUAUGAUCGGAAAGUUCCAUUUUCAUUUCACAAUUAUAACUUUUCAAAUGUAUUUCUUUUUUAUAUUCUCCAAAUUAUAAGUUCAUCAUUAAUCAUUUUUGCUUAAGUCAAAAGUUUGUUUGCUUUCUAUAA